GCCCAGACUGGCAUCAGAACCCAUCCAACGUUCUAGCAAGUCAUUCGAAAUAUGAACUCCUACUUUGUGAUCGCUUUGAGUGCUGUGUUCGUGGCUUUGGCCCUGGCCUCGCCCCUCGACCUGAAUGAUGAACAGAAGGCUCUGGCCAAGCAGCAUGGCGAGCAGUGCUCCCAGGAACUGAAUCUGACCGAGGAGGAGAAAGCCAAGGUGAAGGCCAAGGACUUCAAGAAUCCCACAGAGAACAUCAAGUGUUUCGCCAACUGCUUCUUCGAAAAGGUCGGCACCCUGAAGGACGGCAAAAUCCAGGAAGACGUUGUCCUCGAGAAGCUGGGCUCCUUCAUCGGUGAGGAGAAGACCAAGGCGGCCCUGGACAAGUGCCGCACCAUCGAAGGUGACGACAAAUGUGAUAAGGCUGUCAAGCUCCACGCGUGCUUCGAGGAGUUCAAGCCCCAAGCUAAGGCUUAAACUAGAUCAAAAAAAUAUGAAUUCUGGCAAAAAGUGAAUGGUUUGUGUAAGGCAGUGAAUAAGAUAACUAUUUGAAUACACGAUUUGUCAGAGAAA